AUGGACAUGGAUAGCCGCAGCUGGCUCCAUGGCUACGCCACCACCAACGCCGGCGGCGGCUUCAUGUGCGGCUACGGUGCCAGCAGGUAUGGUUUUCUUGGCUCAAGCUGCAGCCCUGCAGACCUGCAGUUCAUGGAGGGCGAGCAGCAGCAGUUUCUCAUCAGCUCGCAGAUUCAGCACCACCUCAACCAGGCAAGCUAG